AUGGUCAAAGCUGUCGGUGCCCCGCAAAGACAAUCCUCAGAGGAAGACGCAUUCGACGAGAUCCUUGGAGAGACGAAGGAAGAUGCAAUCACGUCGCGGAAUGUCCUUGACGAUCCACUGCCUUGUGUGAACGGUACAGGAGAGGGUGGGCGGCCAUUUGAACACCCGCGAACGACGCCGGACCGAGUGUUUGGGACCACAGCAGGCAGGAUUACGAGCGACGCAGCGCCAGAGAAGUCAAGACCGCUUGAGAACACAGACCACGAGUUGCCAUUCUUGCAACUUCCGACAGAUCCGGUCAAGCUGAAAGCGCUUCCGACAGGCUUCAGCGACAUGACGGAGCAGGAGCAGCAGGAAGAACUCUGGAUAGUGCACGCAGAAGAGCGUCUUGGCAAGGAGUGGGAGCUGGAAGACCCUGGCAAGCAUGCGCCGUAUAAUCACGACUAUCCGCCUUAUUCGCCCUCCAAGGUGAUUGGAUUGUUACACCGCUGGCGCGACCGUGCAUGGACUGCUCAACAAUGGAGGCUCGCACGGGCUAUCGCCGGUAAUCGUAGCCUGCGGCUUCCGGUGCUGACGGCGCAGGCCUUCCUUCGGCGACACACCCUUUUGGCUCGUCGGCGCGGCGUGGAACUGAAGAUAGAGCGGUACUUGGGCGGGACUAAAGAGUGGAAGGCCCGGCUGGCCGAGCUCGAGAGCCAGACUGGCGUCUCUGAGGCCGACAUCAAACAGUGGCUCUGGAUUCUCUCCCCCGAGAGCGGAGAUGCCAAGAUCCAGAGGUUUCUCAAAAGCAAAUGCCGCAAACCCCUGUUCCUCCUGCAGCUGCUCCUGGCCAAGGACAAGAAAAUUCAUGAGCCGGCCACCUUUCUCGGGCUGCUGAAGUUCAUGAGGGAAAAUUACGUCUUGGCUGACCGCCCGCAGGACGAGCUGAAUCACCCGGCGUACAAAGGGCAGGGACGUGCCGUGACGUGGUGGCAUUAUCUAGUCUUUCUCUACCGGCUCGUGUGGCAUUGCCGGGAGGGGUGGCCUGCGGCCAUGCCCUUGCUCGCUCGUCUGACGGCCGAUUACAUCGGCACGAUGCGCCUGGAUAGUAAAGCACGGGCGUUGACCGGAUACCAGGCUCGGUCACUGGUCUUGAACAAGUCGCUCCGGUACUUUUCCUGGCCAGCACGGGUCCGCCCCAUCGACCAUAUGGAGCAUAAUUGGGCCGCACAGAGACAUCUCCUACGGCUUGCGGCGACCGCCGAGCCGCCUCUUGUCAUGGACCAAAACGGGUACCGAGCUGUCAGGGCGGUCCUGAUCGCCUUGCGUAAAACCAAGGGCGAGGCGAGAAAUGCGGACCGUUCAGCACAGACAUGGCCACCGUACCGGCGCACCUUGGACGGGAUAGACGAGCGCCGGGACCCAGAGGACGACCUCAGUAGGAGUGCCAAGGCUGGCAUUCUCGUCAGAGCGGCGGGCUACAGCGACGACGUCGUCGACCGAGCGCUGAGCGCCCUUGGCGGGUCGACGUUCGGUCAGGCUCCCACAAUACAGACCAGAUCACUCCCUCCCGCGUUCUACUCGGGCAGACUGGCCAGUCAUAAUAUUUUUGCCGAGUGGGCUGCGCAACUGCGGGCGACAAGAAACGCCAGGGAAGCCUGGAUAGUGUUUGAGAACCCGCCCGAACCGGGACUUCGGCCGACGGCGCAAAUCUACGGCGAGAUGUUCGAAAAGCUCUAUGCCCGCCCAGCAUCGGAGUCACCAGCGAUCCGACCAGGGGAUGUGAGAGAAGCGUUCCCCGUGUACGACGGCAACCUAAGCGAAUUCGAAAUCGCCAGGCUCACGCCCCCAAGUCCCGAGGAGUUGUACGACCUCAUGCUGCUACAAGACAAGCUCAGGCCGACCGGCUUUUGCCUUGCGGUUCUCAUUCGCAAUUCGCCUUCGAGGGCGACGGCAUUGCGAUAUUUGGGCGACAGUCCAUACAAGCCCUGCAUCCAAGCGCUCCGCGUACCUGCUUCACGGGCGGACGCCGAGAGCUUGAAAGCGCUGUCCGAACUCCCGCUCAACAUAUUCAACGCCUGGAUUGCCAUGCUCUGCCGCCUCCAUACCCGAGCGCCGCAGGAGAAGAGCGCCAGGCCCGACUCCCAACCAAAUGCCGAAGGUGCGCACGGCGGUUCGAUCCCGGAGGCCAUCACGCUCGCAACGGCGUUCCAGGCGCACAACGCCAAGGCGGCGCACCAUGACCGGCAGCCCUGGCACACCAUCAUGCAGGCGCUGGCGGGGCGCAAGAUCCUCUACAGCCAACGGGGCGCCGAGUUCAACGUUCUCGAGACGUUGAUGACAUUCCUACGCAUCUACGAGCGGACUACGGCAUCCAAGGGCAUCGACCCGGUCGCCUUUGAGGCGCUCUGCCUCAUGAUUCGCAAGGCGCUGAAAUUGAUGACUUUCGAGAAAGUUGAGGGCGGCAAAAUGGUCCCGCGUCCGUACAUGGCCGACACCGCCGUGAUGGAGAAGCUGCUCUGGAGGGCGCACCGCCAUGCGGUGAAGACGUUUGAGAUGCUGACAUCGCCCGUUCCCGACGAGCGGCUAGAGGGAGCCGAUGCACCUUCUGGACAUGCCGUCGGAACGAUCAAUGAGGAGGAGGAGGAGGAUGAUGAUGAUGAUGAAAUGGAAGAGGCUGACGAUUGGGCGACGCCGGGGAUGCUCCGCUUCAACGUGGUCGGACGCCCCUUGCACAAAUACAUGCUAGCGCUGGCGUGUUGCGGCGACCACAAAGGGAUGGUGCGGCUGAUGGACUGGCUGCUGGACGGGUGGGACCAGGAAUACAUCCGCGAGGAGGCCAAGACGUCGCACAACCUCGACUACCACUACACGAUACGGACGAUCGCCUACUUUGCCGAGAUGGGCAGGGAGCUGGUCGAGCCGGCCGAGCUGGACCGGCUGAGGCAGCGGCUGGAGGACAUGCGCUGGGAAAAGGGGUGCACCUGGUUCUGGCCUCAAGAGGGCUGGCAAGGGCCAACGGAGGAGCAGGCUCUUCCCGAGCUGGAGACGGACUUGACCCUCGCCGAUCAGGGGUCGGUCUCGUCUGGUUCCGCUGCGUACGAAGUUUGCCGCAGCAAGCACAUUCGUGUCGACUUGCCGCCGUCCACGCUUGUCCACCCAAAGUCUCAGUAUCAAGGCUACGUACCGCCAUUACCACCCACCCCGGAAAGUGAUGCAGUCCUCUCGUUGCUCGAACUCGCCGGGUCUCGAAAGAAGAAAGGGUUUGCCGAGAUUGAGCUCGAAUCUUUUAGUUUCUACAUCAACUCGGCCGUAUACCCUUACGAGAUGCGACCGCUCCAGCACAUGGCGACGAGAAUUGGGCACGACCAGUUCUACUUUGAUGGUGUGCUUCGCGUCGGUGGCACCAGACACUACGUGCAAAACGUCGAGGUCUCGGAGCUGCCCAUUGGGAACUAUGGCACCGAGCAUGCCACCGUUCGAGGGCAGAUCUGGGCUCGGUCGAGGCUGAAUUCGAAGGCGGAUGUGUACUACCUCCUGACCCAGCCGAGCAAGGAAUAUGACCGAUUCUACGCACCGUUUCUGUGGGUGGCUGACUUGGCCAAGCAUGUUGUGGACUUCUCGGCCGCCAUGAUAGACCGAGGCCGCCCCGUUCAGAUCAACUCUUUCAAGGCGCACUUCAUGCGCUGGUUGCGCCGGACACAUGGCAACUCGCCAGAAUUCCGGCGUUGGCGGGCACAGCAUCCGAGCGGUGACUAUCGCACAUCGCGAAUCAGAGUCGGUGACACCAUCUCAACGCCUCGCGAUGGAGAGACGACAGAUACCAAAUGGCGCAAUAUGGCGUCCAAGGGGGCUGCGAAGGACGACAGAUGGUUUGGCCUUGUUCAAAGAGUCCACGUUGCGAAUGACGGGUCCCGCAGCUUUGAUGUUACCUGGUUUUAUCGGCCGGUCGAGACGCCGUGCUGUAUGAUGAAAUAUCCCUGGCCGAACGAGCUAUUUCUGUCCGACCACUGCACCUGUCAGGAAGGCCACCGCUCCCGAGUCAAGGAGCACGAGGUUCUGGGUGUGCAUAAUAUUGACUGGUUCGGCAGCCCGGAAAAGGGCGGCGGAGGAGAAUUCUUUGUGCGCCAAACUUAUCUCGUCGAGGACCGCCGCUGGGUGACUUUGCAGAAAGCUCAUAUGGUAUGCUCGCACGGCCGCGAGAAGCUCGGUUGCAAGACGGGCGAUACUGUCCUCGCCGUACUCUCCAAGUCACCGGAAGCCAACGCUGAGCCGUACGAGGUGGUUAAAGUCUUUAGGCAAGGCGAUCAUCAGUUCGUGCGGCUGCGGAGGCUCCUCCGUCGUUGCCAAGUCGACCCGCAAGCCGACACCGCCCCAAACGAACUGGUCUACACCGAUCAACUUGUGGUGGCCAAGCCGGACAAGGUAAUUGGGAAAUGCGCCAUCCGCUUCUUCAGGCCGACGGAGCAAGUACCGACCCCCUAUGACAGGGGCGGCACCGGUAAUCUCUUCUACAUCACCCACCGUCUUGUCUCCGGGGAUGACGGAGGUGAAAAAUGUGUGCCCUUUGACGGCGACUUCCCGACUUCUCUCCGGCAGGGCUUCGACCCUGCCCAACCAGUCCCUCGCAGGCUCAGAGGCAUGGAUCUCUUUUGCGGCAGCGGCAAUUUUGGGCGAGGACUCGAGGAGGGUGGAGCGGUCGAGAUGUUAUGGGCGAACGACAUCUGGGACCGGGCAAUCCACACCUAUAUGGCGAAUAGCCCCGAGCCAAAGUCAAUCAAGCCCUUUCUAGGUUCAGUUGACGACCUGCUCCGGCGUGCGCUACAAGGAAAAUACGCGGAAAAUGUCCCACGGCCAGGCGAGGUCGAGUUUAUCUCGGCCGGCAGCCCCUGUCCCGGCUUCUCUUUACUCACGCCGGACAAAACGACGCUCGCACAGGUCAAGAAUCAGUCCCUGGUAGCAUCCUUUGCGUCCUUUGUCGACUUUUACAGGCCGAAGUAUGGGAUUUUGGAGAACGUAGUGACCAUCGUCCAAGCCCGACACAACCGGUCCCAGGACGUCCUCUCGCAGCUCUUCUGCGCCAUAGUCGGCAUGGGUUACCAAGCCCAGCUCGUACUCGGCGACGCUUGGUCUCACGGGGCGCCGCAAGGCCGCAGCCGCGUCUUCCUCUACUUUGCGGCGCCCGGCCUACACCUCCCAGACGCGCCCCUCCUAUCCCACUCCCACUACGCUGGCGUCAACUCCCGCGGCCUCGGCGAGAUGUGCAACGGCGAGCCCUUUGUCAGCCGGUCCUUCCAGCCGACGCCUUUCAAAUACGUCAGCGCAGCCGAAGGCACGUCCGACCUGCCCCUCAUUGGCGACGGGAAGGCCGAGCCCGCCGUUGCUUUCCCAGACCAUCGGGUCUGCGCCGGCCUGACUCCCAAGCUGCGCCACCAGAUCGCCGCCAUUCCGACCCACCCGUACGGUAUGUCCUUUGCCAGGGCGUGGCACGGGGGCGACGGCGUCAUGACGCUGGCCGACAGGGCCCUCUUCCCGGCCGACGGCGCUCGCGUCAGCCCAAUCUCGCAGGGAUGGCGCCGCGUCAGGCCGGGGGACGUCUUCCAGACGGUGACCACGCGCAGCCAGCCGACGGACGCGAGGGCUGGCACGGGCCUGCACUGGAUCGAUAAUCGGCCGCUGACGGUCCAGGAGAUCAGGAGGGCGCAGGGAUUCCCGGAUCAAGAGGUACUGCUGGGCACAUUGGCAGACCAGUGGAAGUUGGUGGGCAAUAGUGUUGCCCGGCAGAUGGCGCUGGCGCUGGGGCUGCGAUUCCGCGAGGCAUGGGCUCGCAGCUCUGCCACACUGGAGGGGAGAGAAGGGAGCUCAAAGGCGAGCGCCAGUGUGGGCGUCAGCCUUGAGGGGACGCCGGUUGUGGAUGCGGGAAUGGUGAAGCGGACCGGACGCCGUCCGAGCACGCCCCGGGAGAUUGUCGACCUCACUGCAGCGGUCGAGGAUGAGCCGAGAGCAGUAGAAACGGAUAACGAGCAGACACAGUGCGACUUUCGCGAGAUUAUCGACCUCACCUUGGCGCCAGAUACGACUGAACGAGCUAGCCGUCGUCGCGGGGGCUCGCAAGAGCUAUCAGCCAAUAUCAACACGAUCAGGAAACGGCGUCUGUCCCAGCGUCAGCAGGCAGCACCAGAGGCACGAUCUUCAAAAGUUGGACGAUUAGAAAGCAGGGAGUCGACGCCGGCUCCACCACGACUCACGGCACCCGAGCCCAGGCCUAUGCCGGGUGGUGGUAAUGAUGUCCGGGCACGGCUGGCAGAUCCCCGACCCGUGGUUCCGCCGAGCCCGGCCGUAGAAGGGGAAAAACCAGCAAGGGCAGGCCCGACAAUUGUUCGACUGUGGUCACCGGAAGAGCUAGGAAGCAAUGAACCAGGGCCAAACGGCGACGACCUCCAUCAGUUUACUGAUUAUUAG